GAAGAUUUUUUGCAACUCCUCAAGGCUACCAAGGGCUCGAAACUACCUUCCUGAUCAAGCCAUUUUUUAUCCAUCCCGUCGCGCGAAGCCUGUUAGAUUGCGCGCGGUGCAGGCGAGGAGACCGCGCCGUCGAAGAACGAAGACAACCUCUGUUUCCGGCCGGCGAUGAGGAACCCGCCGGGAAGGCACCUCCUCCGCCUCACCAACCGCGCAGUGCGCUCUUCUUCUUCCUCCUCGUCGGCGCCCGGCGCCGGCCCCGGCGCCUCCACCUCGGCCGCGUCCCCACGCCCGCGCGCCAUCGCGGACGGGCGGCCCCUGCGCGCCAGCUCCCCGCCCCCGCCUUCCGCGGUCGCCGCCGCCGCCGCCGCGUACUGGGAGUCCCGCGCGCUCCGCCGCGACGGGGAGGAGGGCGACUGGGAGGAGGUCGUCGCCGGGGUCCCCGGUACCGGGGAGAUGGAGGAAGGAGAGGAGUACAGGGUGGUGUUCUGGUGCCCGCCCACCAUAGACGAGGUCACCGGCGCAGUCACCAGCAUACAGGAGGUAUUUGAGAAUCCUCUUGGACUGGAUUCAGAUACAACUGACAGACAAACAGCACUGCUGUCUGCAUCAGGACAUUCAUCUGGCAAUUCAUCAGGAUCAGAUGACUGGAUUGAACCUGCUGCCUAUGUUCUUAACUCAACUGCUCUUCUUUCAAGGGAACAUAGGAGUGUUUUGGAUGCUUUUCGUCUGUUGCAAAAGGAUCCCACCGUUCAGAAAAUGGUUAUGUCUUUGUCAUGCGAUAAGGCUGUUUGGGAUGCUGUCAUGAAUAAUGAGGCAGUUCAAGAUUUCAGGAGACCUUUACAUGAUGGAAAAGAAAGCGAUAGAAAGGGAAACACUGGUGGUCCUGCUGAAGUGCUUAAGUGGGUCCUGGAAAGUGCCCAGGCAAAAAUAAUUGAAUUCAUUGAGAAUGCUAUGAAGAUAAUCAACAUGUUGAUCCACCCUGAAGAGGAUGAAGACAAGCCAGAUGCAUACAGCGAUGCAGUUAAGGUGUCGUUCAUGCUCACGAUAUUCGUCUUCAUCGUGGUGGACAUUGCUCGUACCAAUUAUGAACGUUGGGAUAACAAAGUGUGGUGAGGAGAAAUUCUGGCAUUCUACAAGCUCGUCUGUAUAUACAUCGGUUGGAAUUGUUUUGUAGAAUACACCAAGCUUCAUAGGUUACACAAAAAAAAUUACCUAUACUUUGGUUGUAUCAUUUAACCCUGGCAGAUCAGACAUGGGAAUGUUGUUGUUCUGGGUCAUAUUUACGCUUCCUAGUCCAGCGUCAGAAAAAUUAUGUUUGCAGUCCUUCAUUUGAAGGAUAUACAGUACUAACUGUUGAAAUGGCCAGCAUAAUAAAAUUAUUUGUAUAAUAAAUAAAGUUACAUGCUGACUUUGAUUUGA